CCAAUCACUUCACUCAAUCAUAACACACACACACACACACACACACGCAUAAAAACCACUCCUCAAUCCAAUCAAACACUCUCCUCACAACAACCAACCAACCAACCAACCAAAACAAACCAUGUCCCCAAUAAUCCGACAAGUCACCUCCCGCCGCGCAUUUUCCAUCCUCACCCGCGCCCGCCAAGUAGCACGUGAUUUCGAACCUCAUCCAUUCGAACGCUAUCCCAUUUCUCAACAAGCUGCUAAAGCCGAUUGGGGCAGAUUGGUUAAGAGAACUGCUGGAAAUGCAAUGUUAUAUUUCCCCGGUUUUGCAUUUGUGCUCGGAUGGCCAUUGUUGGCUGAGAAGGCCUUGAGGAGAACUUGAGUUGGAAUUGGAGUUGGGGUGUGGAAGAGGAUACAGGGUGGGUAGAAGGGAGAUGUGUAUGGGAUGAAUGGCAAGGUGGAUGAUCUGUUUCUGGUGUAUAAGUGAUGGCGUUCUCGGAUAAGCAUUUGGGAGGCAUUUUGAGAUAGAUGGUGGUUAGGCCAUUUUUGGAAGAAUAGAUGAAUAAUACAAGAUAUGGACAAACACAACAGCAAGA